AGGAAAGAGAGAGAGAAAGAGAGAGAGAGAGAGCAAUAUGUCAAUGGAGGUGUAUAAGAGAGCAAAGCCAUACUUGGCAAUGAUUUUGUUGCAGUUUGGGUAUGUGGGUUUAGGUAUUAUAGCCAAGUUUGGUCUAAACCAAGGGAUGAGCCUUUACUCCUUCGCUGUCUACCGGAAUGUUGUCGCCGCUCUUGUCUUUGCUCCUUUUGCUCUCCUCUUUGAAAGGAAAGUAAGGCCAAGGAUGACCACUUCUGUCUUCUUGAAGAUAAUGUUACUGGGCUUGUUGGAGCCUGUGAUAGACCAGAACUUGUUCUAUACUGGAAUGAAGUACACAACAGCUACUUUUGCCACUGCCAUGUGUAACAUUGUUCCUGCCAUGUUUUUUCUAAUGGCUUGGAUACUCAGAGAGAAGGACUUGGAUGAAGUAUUGCAGUCACAAACUGUUUAUUCAAAUGUUUCGAAGGGGGUUCUUGCCAAGUCAAAAGAUUUAGUAGCAGCUUUUGGGACAGAUGAUCAGACAAAUAUAUGCUUGGAGAUUUUGGACAAAGGAGAGCUACAAGUUGCUGGAAAGGAAAGGGAUUCUCAAUUAUCGAGUUAGUUUCGGGAUAUUGCUACCAUAGUUAUGCAGAAGACUAUUAACCCUGAGACUCAACGCCCUUAUACUAUUAGCAUG